AUUUCGCUUAAUUAUUUAAGAAAUAUUAACAGUAUAAUAAUAUAAAUCGUUCUGACCAAUAUAUAUCGCAAAUUUUCAAACACCGGAUCUGCUCCUUCGAGGUUACUUUAUUCAAAGUAAUAGAAAAUACAUCGGUAAAAAAUGAAGAUAUGUGGACCUAAAUAUGCCCUAUGUGGCCUGAUAUUAUCUGUUUGGGGUAUAUUUCAAUUACUCCUGUUGGGAAUAUUCUUCUAUACCAAAAGUGUAGCUUUAAUAGAAGAUCUUCCAUUACCAGGAGAAUAUAGUAAAGCUACAGAGUUUUAUGCUGCAGCAGAUAGAGGUUACAAACAAAAUGCAUAUAAUUGUUGGAUUGCAGCUUGUAUCUAUGUCCUUACGUUUCUUUUCUCUGGACAUCAAUUUUAUAUUAAUUCAAGAUCAUCUUUAAGUGUUUAAAA